GGCGGAGCCAGAGGGGCCGCGAGGCGGUCGCGUACGGCGGCCAUCCGCGAAGCGCGCCGUGCCCAGCCCAGCCGUAAGGGAGGCGGGUCAGAGCGCAGCUCCGGCGAAACGGGCAGGGGGCACAACCGGAAACUUCCUGUGUGCUGCUAAUUCACAUGAUACAAUUCUCAAGUCUGGAAUAAUUUUGUGAGCAAGAAGAUUUCUUAAGUACAUUAGUGCUCUAAGAUACAAAGAAAUAGUAUUCACACUAACCUUGAAGAUCUUUUGAAAUCACUAAAAAUCUGAUAAUUGAGAGCCAUAAUGGCAGACACAGGAGAUGGACCACGUUCGGGGGAAGAUCUGACAGAUGCAAAAUCUAUUCCUGGUUCCAAAGGAAAGAACCUACCUGCUAGCAAGUCUAUGGCCUCUGAAAUUCUGCCAGACUACAGUUACAGAAUGGAUUAUCCAGAGAUGGGGGAAUGUGUAAUAAUAAACAAUAAGAACUUCCACAGACAGACUGGGAUGUUACCCCGUUCGGGUACAGAUGCAGAUGCUGCAAGUGUCAGAGAAGUUUUUAUGAAGUUGGGAUACAAAAUAAAGAUCAGCAAUGAUCUUUCAUGCGGGGACAUUUUUAAACUAUUGAAAAAUGUUUCUGAGGAAGAUCACAGCAAGCGGAGCAGUUUUGUUUGCGUGUUGCUAAGCCAUGGUGAUGAAGGAUUCAUCUACGGUACAGAUGGCCCUCUUGAACUGAAAGCACUAACAAGCCUUUUCAGAGGUGACAGGUGCAGAAGUUUAGCAGGAAAACCCAAGCUCUUUUUCAUUCAGGCUUGCAGAGGGACGGAAUUAGAUUCUGGUAUUGAGGCAGACAGUGGAUCAGAAGAAACAAUGUGUCAGAAAAUACCUGUAGAAGCAGACUUCCUGUAUGCAUAUUCUACAGCUCCAGGCUACUACUCCUGGAGGAAUUCAGCUGAAGGCUCCUGGUUUAUUCAGUCACUGUGUAAGAUGCUGAAGGAGCAUGCAAGGAAGCUUGAACUCAUGCAGAUUUUAACUCGUGUAAAUCGCAGAGUGGCGGAGUAUGAGUCCUGCUCAACUCGGCAGGAUUUUAAUGCAAAGAAACAGAUUCCGUGCAUUGUCUCUAUGCUUACCAAGGAAUUUUACUUCCCUUGCUAAAAGAAUUUCACCUCUUAAUUUUUCAGUUAAUGUUUUUAUCUGUAAUUCAAGUGCAAUGUUAGUUUGGAAUACCACUUUUAAACCUGAAUUACUGUUCACUCUGUGAGGCAUAAUGAACUGUCUCAAAGUUAGAUAUGUCCAUGAUUAGAAGUAAAACAUAGUAUGGCUAUGUUAGAAAUGCAAACUUGCGUAGCUGAAGCACAGACAAAUAUGAAAGUAGUGCUCUGGGUAUCUCAAAAAAUUAGGAAGAGGAGACUGAAGAAAGGUCCAAUCACUUAUCAGAUCUAUUUGGUGCUACAUUUCACUUUGCUGAAGGGGCAGAGAAAAGAAACAGUUCUUGUGAAUAGUUUGGUUUCAUAUCUUUGCCAAGUGGAAGAAGAUUCAGAAUGUGGUAUGUUUACUAAUGAUGGUAAUAGGAUAGUAGUGUCAUCAUACAUUUCUUCUGAACUUGAGUUCUUAAGGUUCAGGUUAUAAACUAACCUGAACUGUUUUUAUAACUUAGGGCACAAGCUGUGGAAACAGCUAUUUCAUUUUUUACAUGCAAUUAGGAAGCAUAUUUAGAAUAUCAUCGAUUUUUUUCCUGAUCAUUUUAUAACUUUUGUAUGGAGUGUUAGGUAAAGCACAGUAUCUGUUUCAAAAUAAAUUUUGUGUUCUGACCUUGAAGCUGAGUGACUAAGGGACCAGUCUUCCAAAAUUUCUUUUGCCGCAGCUCCCUAAAGGGGGAGCUGUUGGGGCACAUUUUGGGCUAUAAGAAGCAAAAAGGAAGUCUAUAUUCUGAAUAGCCUGCUGUCCUCUUUCUGGCCAUAAAUUAGAGCGGGUGAGCUUUGUGCGUACCACAUUUAUUCUGUGUGGAAACCUAGAUUUGUGGUACUGGAGAAAUUUCACUUCUUAACUCUAAUAUCAAUUUGAGUUAAUUACAAUACUUUAGCUAAAAUACAUUAACAAAUAGUAAUGUAUAUCUCGACUCUAAAUUUUGUGGAACAGGCUUUUACAAAAUUGUAAAACAUUUUUGUUGAUGUUUCAGCUCGUGGAAGUCUUUUUAAGAUCAGAGGCGGACAGAAUGGUAAAUGACUGUAGGGUGCUUGCAAAACAAAACUUAGAGCUCUUUAAAUUGUGUGGCAUAAACAAUGUUAGCAAAUUGACGUUCACUUCCAGAGGCAUUGGGGUUUUUUGUAAUAAAUUAAAUACUGUUUCCUAAAUUGUA